AUGAAGGAUUCAUCUGUAAACACGUCAAUCACUCACUCCCCCUCCCCCUCUCUCUCUCUGUCUCUCUCUCUGUCUCUCUCUCUCUUUCUCUCUCUGUCACCUCGCUAUCUAUUUAUCUAUCACAGCCUACUAAUAUAUAUCUCAAUUUGUUCCAAUCUAUCUAUCUAUCUAUCUAAGCCUGUUAAAAAGUUUGAAAAGUCAAACGAUACAUUCGGAUACUCGAGCGCCAUUGGUUCUUUUGUUAUUAUUUUUAUUCCUUGUCCUUUUUUCUUUCCUUUUUUUCGUUAUUUAUUCUCCUUCUUUCUUCCUUCUUUCAGUCGUUCUUAUUUUCUCGUUGAUUCGGUCUUUUCAUUUCUGCAUUUUUUUUUGUUUCUUGCUUUUUACCUUUUUUUUCUUUUUUUUUUUUUUAAUUCAGUCUCCUUCGCUUUCUGGGUGAUUUUUCCUCUUUUUCAUUCUGUUUUCUUUUAUUUCUUUCCAUUGUUUUCUUUCGAUUCAUGUUCUUUCUACUUCUUUCUUUUUCUUAUUCUUUUGAUCAACUCUCUUUUUCUUUUUCUUUUUAUCAUUUUUUUUCUUUGUCUUUUUUGCGCCUUUUUCGUUCUCUUUUCUUAUUUUUUUAAUUUUCCUUCUUUUUUUUUUUUCGUUUCCCUUUUUUUAUUUCUUUUCUUAUGUUCUCUCUUUAUCUUUUCUUUUUCUUUCUUUCUUUGUUCUUUUUCUUUUUUUAUCGUUUUCUUUACUUCGACAGAAGAGUUUCUUAUCUCCUUUCUUUAUUAUUCUCUCUCCCUCUCCCACCCUCUCUCUCUCCCAUCCUCUCUCUCUCACCCACUCCCAUCCCUCUCUCUCUCCCUCUCUCUCUCUCUAUCUCUCUGUCUCUCUCUCUCUCUCUGUCUCUCUGACAUACACUCUUUAUCUUAUAAUUUUUUGUCCCCAAAUCUUUCAAUGUACCUGAUAGGAGUUUCUACCUCUAUUUUUCUUCUUCUUUUCUUCUUCUUUUUCUUUCUUUCUUUCUUUCUUUCUUUCUUUCUUUCUUUCUGA